AAAGCAAAGUGCAUUGAGGCUCAACAAACAAUAUCACAACAAUCGAGCUAUUAUUCACUAAUAGCAUUGCAACUCAUUAACUGCAGUAGGGCAUUGUGCUUCAACCAGGUGCAAGCCAAAAGACCCAACAAUCGAGCUAUUAUUCACUAUUAGAAAUUCACCUUAAUUCCAACCCUAACAACCACUAACUAACUUUACUAACUAACUUAAUUUCCCUAACUAACUAUCUAUUCAAUGAGUUAAUAGAAUUAACUCACUGAGUUCUUCCUAACUAACUCCUGAGCUUGAUCCAAACCUGAGACCAGAGCAACCCAAUCUGAACAUAUAGCAUAUAAAUCACUUCGCCCCUCCGUUUUUGAAAGCAUCUUUGAACCCCCUGAAGAACUCUCAUAAUUUUCAACCUAUCUCCCUCACCUUCACUAUAUUCUCAUCACCAUAACUGCAGAGCUUCAACAUUGGAAUCUCUAACAGUUGAGAUCAACUUCAUCAUCUUCCCUAACCUCAGUGACUCUCACCCACACAUUAAUCCCACACACAAAAUUUUCAGAAGAAAAGAAAAGUGAAGAAGAAGAAGAAUCAAAGAGUAGGAGAAAGUUUCAAGACGAGCAAGAAGAAAGGAUCAGAGUCAGUACCUGAAUUCAUCGUCUCCACAUUCGAAAUCUCCGACCACAGUACUUUAGCCGCUUUAACUCAUUGCUUGAGUUGCUUUGCUUGUGGUUGGCAUACCACCUAGGGGACAUUCUUGAUUGAGAUCCUGGCUGAGAGGCUUCUCUGUUCCAGAUAUGAGGACCGGCUUGAAAGAUGAUGUUGUCUACAGCUUCUUUGAUCCAGAGAUUGACGUGCUGAGAGAUAUGAUAGCAUUGAUUACACCUGACCAUGUGGGGAUGUUCCGUGAGACUUAUGGUGGUAUUCUGAAGAUGGUUUUCAGGCUCACAGAUACAGAUAGGAGUGUCAUCCAUACUCUUCUCCAGUUUUAUGACUCGGGCUUGAGAUGCUUUGUUUUCCCGGAUUACUUGUUGGGGCCUUUGAUGGAGGAUUAUGCCAGUAUCCUGGGUAUUCAGAUCAGAGAUCAGAUUCCUUUCUAUGUCACUAAGGGGGAACCUGAUGUUGCUGAGAUCUCUCGUGCUCUUUAUUUGAGCCCAGAGGUGACUAAAGGGGGUUUGAAGGAGAAGGGAAAGUUGCCCGGUUUUCAUCUGAGUUUCUUGGAGGCCAAAGCUAAGGAGCAUGUUGUGUUGGGUAAUUGGAGGGCCGUUUGUGCUUUGCUAGCUGUCAGCAUUUAUGGAAUCAUCAUGUUCCCUAACCAGAAGAACUUUGUAGACAUUAAUGCUAUCCUGUUGUUUAUGCAGAGGAAUCCCAUUCCUACCUUGGUUGGGGAUGUCUAUUACUCAGUCUAUAAUCGGAACGAGAAGCGGCGUGGGGGAUUGAUCCGAUGUUGUGCUCAGUUGUUGUAUAAAUGGUUCAUGGGGUAUUUGCCUUCCAGAGGUGCCUUUGUCUUUCUUGAUCCUACUGUCAAAUGGUCAAUCAGGUUGAUGGGUUUGCGAGCCAAAGACAUAGCUUGGACUCACAAUGGUGUGGCUGGACGAGAUUUCAUUUACAGUUGUGGGAGUCUUCCCAAUGUGCCUCUUAUAGGAGUUCAAGGUUGCAUUAAUUACAACUCGGUGCUUCUUAGGAGACAAAUGGGGUUUGCUAUGGAGGGUCCUCCCCUUGGGUGCGAGAUUCAGGAGUCUUUCUAUUUCCCGGUUGAGGGUAAUCAGCCAAAGUUGAGACAAGUGUCUGAUGAAUGGCGCGACAUUCAAAGGAAAGGCAAGGUUCCUUUUGGUAAGGUUAACAGCAGGUCUUUCCCUCUAUUUGAUGAUUGGCUCAGAAAGAGAAUUGAGCUCACACAUCUACCAUUUCCUAGGGGUGAUCCUUGGUGUCCAUUGAUUGAAGGGCCAUGUUCUUCUGCCAACAUGGAAGAGUUCCUUGAGAUGAAGAAAGCCAGAGAUCAGCUGCAAGCAGAGAAGAUUGAGUUGGAGAUGAGUGUUGCUAGAAUUCAGAUGGCUAAUCAAGAAAUCAAAGGGAAAAUAGAAGACCAGGAUAAGAGACAUGCUAUGGAGGUGAAACGCUUUGAGAUAGACACCGCUUAUUACCGCAAGAUUAGCCAAGCUUUGGAGUCAUCUACAAAGGAGCACGACAUUACCAAGGAGAAGUUGGCUAGAGCUUUGAGGGUUAUUGAAGAUGAGAAGAGGAGGCAGAUCCUUGUGAAGAAUCAGAGAGAUGCUAGAGCCAAAGUCCUUACCAAGGAAUGGGAAGCGGAGAAAGCGAAGAUUAUUGCUGAGAGAGAUCAUUAUCUUGCUGAGAGGGAUCAUUAUUUCCGACAGAUGAAGAUUCACCAGAAAGAGGUGGGGAGAUUGCAGCAGGAGAACACUGAGCUCAGGUUUGCCGUGAAGUUUACCAAGAUGGUUGAUGAUGCAGAGCCGUCUGUGGGACCUUCUUCAGUGUAGACUUUUGUUGUUAUUAUGUUGGAUUACCGUCAGGCCUGUUGACGGAAUUCACUUGCUUGGAUUACCGUCAGGCCUGUUGACGGAAUUCACUUGCUUGAUGUAUGACUUUCGCACGUAUUGUGCACUUUUGAUAUACAGUGGUGAUUUUCAUUCA